GUUGAACCACUAAUACAGAAGGGUCAUGAGAGUCUGGUACAUCACAUACUACUAUAUGAAUGUGAAAGAGAUGCAAAUGACAGUGUCCUUGAAUAUGGGCAUGAAUGCUAUCACCCCAACAUGCCUGAUGUAUUUCUUACAUGUGAGACAGUACUAUAUGCUUGGGCUAUUGGAGGAGAGGGAUUCACAUAUCCACCUAAUGUUGGCUUGUCAAUUGGGAUGCCUGAAGACCCAACAUAUGUCUUAAUGGAAAUCCACUAUGAUAAUCCAUCUCACCAAGAAGGUUUAAUUGAUAACUCCGGACUUAAACUGUAUUAUACUCCACAAACAAGAAAAUAUGAUGCUGGUGUUUUAGAGGCAGGCAUUUGGGUUAGCCUAUAUCACAUGAUCCCACCAGGUAUGCCUGCAUUCAGCUCCGAAGGACACUGCACUGUGGAAUGUUUGGAAGAGGCUCUGAACUAUGAAAAGCCAGAUGGCAUCCAUGUAUUUGCUGUUCUUCUACAUGCUCAUCAAGCCGGGCAAGUCCUCCGAACUCGUCACUUCAGGAAAGGAGUUGAGCAGAAGUUACUUGCUUAUGACAAUGAAUUUGAUUUCAAUUUUCAAGAGUUCCAAUAUCUGGAUGAAGAAAGGACUAUCUUACCUGGAGAUAACAUCAUUACGGAAUGCCAGUACAACACAAAGAGCCGAUCCACAAUGACAUGGGGUGGUCUAAGUACAAGAGAUGAGAUGUGCCUUUCCUAUUUAAUUUACUAUCCAAAGAUUAAUCUUGCCCGAUGUGAAAGCAUCCCUGAAAUAAAUGAGCAACUUCAGUUCAUUGGUGUGAAAGAAAUAUACAGGCCAGUUACGUCCUGGCCUUUAAUAAUUAAGAGCCCAAGACGAUACAAUAAUCUAACUUUUACAGAAGCUAUGAACACAUUUCAGUGGUCUAGGAAGAAGGGAAAUGCAUUCAAUGAACGAGUCAGAAAGAUGCCAAUAAAUGUGAGGUGUUCUAAACAUGAAAGUGGAGAAUGGUCGGUAAGUACACAAAGCUUUUAA